AUGGAUAUGGAUCAACAUAUUGCAAAGUACUUGGUGAAUCACCGUCAUACAAAUUGGAGUAUGUCAGGAAUCUUACAAGAUUUAUCUGGAAAAAUUGACUUCAUAAAUGUUGAUGCUACAAAUAUUCUUAAUGCCUUUCAACAACACUUAAAAAAUAUAUUUAAUAGCCGAAAUGUCUUUAAGCGUGCGCGAACUAAGGCCAGUAAAUUAAUACAAACCUUGGAUUUAGAUGAAUUAACACUCCUUUUAAAAGGAUUGCAG